GCUCACACACACCUGUAUGCACCACAAUCUGUACUUUAAAAGUUAUUUAAUUCGACUAUAUUUUUAAAUUGAUCAAAUCAUACCAUCAGAGAAAGCAGCCUAGAGAAACAGUUACAAAAUGGGAGGCGGCGAUCUGAAUAUGAAAAAGAGUUGGCACCCUCUUUUAAUGAGAAAUCAAGAGAGGGUGUGGAAAGAAGAACAAACUCAUAAGGAAGAGCUCAAAAGAGUCGAACAAUUACGAAGAGAAAUUGAAGAAGAACGACAACUUUUGGAGCUCCAGAGAUUACAGGAAGCAGCGGGAGGAAAGAAAAGAAAAGAUCGCGUCGAAUGGAUGUAUGCAGUUCCCACAGCAGAAGGAGCGAAACGAGAUGCCUCAGAAAUGGAAGAAUAUUUACUUGGAAAACGGCGACUGGACGACCUUUUAAGUGACAAAGUGGAAGAUCAGAAAAAUUCUCUUAACAAAACUGAGUUUAUAUCAUUGCAAAAUGCCAAUUCCGUUCAAGACACCCAAUCCAAGAUUCGAUUAGAUCCUCUUUUGGCUAUAAAGCAACAAGAGCAGAAACAGAUGCAGAUAUUAGCAGAGAAGAAAAAAAGGAAAUUAAUGGAAGAUGAAAAAAGGAAAAGAGAUUCGGAUUAUCGUGGUCGUCUAUCGAACUCACGAGAAAAAGGUUACGAUGGACGUGGUCGCUAUAGUGACUCUCGACGAUACGAUUCUUACAAAAACGGUUCGCGGACAGAUCGGCAUUCACGAAAAGAAUAUUCUGAUCGACACUAUCGCGACAGAAGGUAUGCAGACGAUCGAGACGAUGAAAAAAUGCAUCCUUACCAAGACAGACGGAGGCAUGGCAGAGAAAGUCACCGUCCGAAACGACAUCUUUCUAGGUCACCUUCACCACAACGACGAAGCUAUUAUAGGUCACACGUCGACUCCGGUGGACCCUCAGCAGAAGACAUUCGUGAGCAUCGAUUACGAGAAAUGCAAGACAAUGCCCAAAGUUUAGAACAAAACAGGGUAGAGAAACUUCGUAAAUUAGAACAGGAGGAACGGACUGAAACUGCUAAAAAUGAGGAGGAAAGAUCUAGUACUGCUAGAAAAUGGAAUAAUCAAGGAGAUUUCCUUCGUGAAAUGAAAAGAGAGGUGUAUUCUGGUAAUGCUAUAAAUCUAGCUGAUCGCGUUAGCAGUAUGCGCCAUACAGCUCUAAAGCAAUAGACUUUAUUUAUUACGUGUUACACGACCAUCUAACAUUGAAUGAUAUAAUAUUAACAAAGAAGAAAAUAAAGUAAAGUAAUAGGUUGCAUAACUUGCGGCCUAGCCGCUAUAUCUCACCAAACAUGAACCAACGGAUUUAGUGAACGAGAAGAGUCGCUUUGGUUUUAUCCG